AUGAAACUUUUACUAUUAUUUUUCUUUACUUUCAUUUAUUGUUGUAUAUUUCAACAAAUUUUACCUAGUAAUGUUCUUCCACAUUUUUUAUUUGGAAAACCAGCUAGAAGUACAUUUUUAGAAUAUGGUGAAAGAAUUCAUUAUGGAAAUAUUUUUGGAAUUGAUUCAUUAGAUAAAUUUGACAAAUUACAAAAUGAUGCUGAUUGUUGCCCAGAUGUUAAAGUAGCUUACUUUAAAAAUAAAAUUGAUCAUUUUAAUCUUAAUGAUACAAGAACAUGGAAUCAGAGAUAUCAAUAUAAUUCUAAACAUUUUGUAAAAAGUAAUACAUCUGAUGUGGUAUUCAUAAUGAUUGGUGGUGAAGGAGCAGCAUCACCAAUAUGGGUACAAAAAGAAACUUAUCAAUAUAUAAAAAUGGCAAUUAAACACUCUGCAUAUAUUUACCAAUUAGAGCAUAGAUUUUUUGGUGAAUCUCAACCUUUUAAAGAUACUGGAAGUAUGGCAUUUGAAAAUUUAAAAUAUCUUACACCUAAACAAGCUCUUGCUGAUUUAGAUAAUUUUAUUAAUUCAUUAAAAAAUAAUUUUACAAAUCCAAGAGUUGUUGUUUUUGGAGGUAGUUAUCCAGGUGGUUUAGCAGCAAUUUAUAGAUUAAAAUAUCCAUCUUCAACUGUUGGUGCGAUUGCUUCAAGUGCAGGAAUAAAUCUUCAAGUUGAUUAUACUGGUUAUUCAUUAGGAAUGGAAGAGACAAUUAAUGCAACUGAUCCAAAUUGUUAUAAUGUUGUAAAUGCUUCAUUUAAUGCUCUUCAACAAGCUACCUUAACAAAAGAUGGUCGUAGUAAAUUAAAUCAACUAUUUAAUCUUCAACCAUCUUUUAAUGAAACUACAUUUACAAAAUUAGAUUUGACAAAUUUCUUGGCAAAUGUUUUUGCCGUUUUUCAAGGAAUUAUUCAAUAUACUUAUGAUGGAAGAGAAAUAGUAACAGAAAAUAAUUAUACUGUUAAAACUUUAUGUGAUUAUAUGACAAGAUUACCAAAUCCUAAUGGUUUUGAUAAUAUUGCUGGUAUAGUAAAAUGGUCAAAUAAAGUAAAUGGAUUACCAUCAAAUGCUCCAUUUUCAAAUAGUUAUAGUGAUAUGAUAAAUGGUUUAAGAAUGACAGAUUACUCUGCUGCAAAAAAUAAUUCUAAUGUUCAAAAUAAUUUAGAAGGUAGAGGAUGGAUGUGGCUUUGUUGUAAUGGAUUAGGUUUCUUUCAAACAACAGAUGAAGGAAGAAAUAUUUUUCAUAGUAUUAUUCCAUUAAACUUUUUUAUUAAUCAAUGUGAAGAUAUUUUUGAUCCAUCAAUUAAUAAUGAUUAUGUACAAAAAGCUGUUCAAAAUCAAAAAGAAUAUUAUGGAGAUGCUGAUACAUAUCAGGGAACAAAUGUUGUCUUACCAAAUGGUGAAUUUGAUCCAUGGAAAAGAGUUGGUGUAUUUAUAAAUGAUACAAAUAAAAAUUUAUAUUCAUUUAUAAUUCCUGGUUCAGCUCAUUGUUCAGAUAUGUAUCCAGAAUAUAAAAAUGAACCUGUAGGAUUAGCAAAUGCUAGAGAAUUUAUUUACAGUCAAGUUGAUUAUUAUUUAAAUUCAUCUCUUCCUCACAAUACAAAACCAUCAACAAAAAGUACUUCUAAAAUUUCACAUACUUUUAUAUCAUCAUUUAUUUCAUUAUUAAUAUUCUUUUUACCAUUUCUUCUUAUAUAA